AGCAUUUCUGACGUAGAGAUCCAGCGACAGCUCGAGCUGACUUCCUGCAUUGAGGAAGCACUGCUUGAUAGCGUUCCAGUAUUUUACAUAAAUUACACUGAGGUAUGUCAAAUUUUUUUUAUAGCAAAUAAUUCGCUACUCAAACGAUCAAAGUACCUGUUGCUAUUUACACUUUCAAAUUGAAGAGGAGAGUAGACUUUAGCGUAGUAUUUCUGACGUAGAGAUCAAACGACAGCUCGAGCUGACUUCCUGCAUUGAGGAAGAGACCGCUAGAUAGCGAUCCCGUAUUUUACAUAAAUUACAUUGAGCUUUCAGACCGGUCCAAGGUGCUGUGCAGAUUGUCUUGAACUCAACAUGUAACGUUACUACUACUACUACUACUCCUCCUGCUCCACAAAGAUUCUAGAUUUUUCCAAAUUAAAGCAUUUAGAAGAGAAUGGACAAAUGUGGAUUGGGACUAAGAUUAGAAUACGGAUUCUAGAUUUUUUUAGGGUAAAUUUAAAACAUUAGAAGAGGAUGGAUAUGGAUUGGGAUUAGGAUACGGCUCACCUCCACCUUUGUUCUUGGAAUGGAUCAGUGAGUUUGAAGCCUGCAGGUGCCUUCGGUUUAUUUUAGCAGGGCCUAUCCAAUACCAACAAUGACUGAUGGAAGGAUCUACGUGGGAAAUCUUCCAAUGGAUGUCCAGGAGAGGGACAUAGAGGAUCUCUUCUUCAAAUAUGGAAAAAUUCGGGAUAUCGAACUAAAGAAUAACAGGGGAACCAUCCCUUUUGCUUUUGUUCGCUUCGAAGAUCCACGGGAUGCAGAAGAUGCUGUCUAUGGAAGGAAUGGAUAUGGACUCGGUGACUCCAAGCUGCGUGUAGAAUACCCUCGCUCCUCUGGUGCCAAAUUUAGUGGCCCUAUGGGAGGCGGAGAAAGAGGAGAAGGAGGGGGUCCUAAGGGGAGGUUUGGGCCUCCAACUCGGAGAUCUGAGUUCCGGGUGAUAGUGACUGGCUUGCCCCCAUCAGGGAGCUGGCAGGACCUGAAAGACCACAUGCGUGAGGCAGGGGAUGUGUGUUUCGCCGACGUGCAGCGGGAUGGUGAAGGGGUGGUGGAGUUUGUCCGUCGGGAGGACAUGGAGUAUGCCCUGCGCAGACUGGACAGGACUGAGUUCCGUUCCCAUCAGGGGGAGAUGGCAAACAUUCGUGUCCACGGAGAACAUGGUGCCAGUUAUGGUCGCUCGCAGUCCCGCUCCAGAUCCCCCCGGGGGCGUGGCUACUCACCACCUCCUUACAAAAGCAGAGGGUCCCCUCCACAGCGCUACCAAUCACCUCCACGGCGCCAUGUGUCCCGCCAUAGCCCACCAGCGAGGCGACACCCAGUAACGCACCACAGCCCACCCCCACGCCACUAUCGGUAGACCAGCCAGCCAUUCACAAGAGGGCACUGAUGAUUAGGGGCAGUUUAAUUAUGUUUUGUUCAUACCAGAUCUCCUCCCUGACACACACAAAUAAUUGUCCCCCUUUUGCUUGCUAUGUGCAUUCCAUGGUCAGUCACCCCUGCCUUCUUGUUGGCCUUAAUAUGGUUGAUUUAUUUUCCUGUUGAUUGAUGUAAACUUCAGUUCCCUGUGUCAGCGCACUGUAGUGAGCUGAGUUCUGAUGUCUGGUGAGACCAUUUGUUAACUUGUCAAUUUACUGGUCUUGCUGCUCUAGGUCAUGUAUGAACAUGAUCCAUUUGUGAUAAACACUGCCCUGAGUGUGACACUCAACAAAAAUUAAAUGUGAACAUCUGCCUGCAAUGUCUAUUUUUAAAUGAAUUGUAAGUGUGGACCUCCAAGUGUCUGAAUACCUUUUGGAAAUUGUUUGAUUGUAAUCUGCUGGUAAACCUGAAAUCCUUAAAUUUGUUUUAUUUUAAAUAAAUGUCAAACUUUUUAA